AUGGAGGCACAUGACAACGUUGAGAUCCUAGUGCACGUCGCAGCACCGUGCAGGAACAUCGAUGAUGUGCGCUACCGGGCCCUUGCACAGGCAUAUCUCGAUUUUACCCCAACAAGCCGUAUCAAGAUUCUAAGUAAAUCCUCGGAAGAAGAGGAUACCAAGGCCAUUACUAGCUCAGAGGCUGGGCCAGCAGCGUUGCCUGCUUGGUCAGAUGCGCCAAUCCUCGAUAGCGAGACGACUCAACCGGCAACCUCAUCACCACCACUUAUACCACCACCGUCGCCUCUCCGCCCCGUGUCAUUUGGAUCAUUCGAAUCCCAGAAGCUGUCCUUUCGAAGUGUCUUGGACAACAGAAAUUCCCCCGGCCUCGGUCGGCCACUUGCAUCCAGGGACAUACCUUCUUCGUCUCAACUCGCGGCAGACUCUCAACCGACCCAGAUCAGUUGGGUAGCUCCACCCAGCGUCAUCGGUGAUUCUCAGCCAUCGAAUGAUAUUAGUCUCGCCGAGUUCUCAUCCCCGAGUCGACUCCUUGAGCAUCUGGCAGCACAGUUCGAUAGUCAACGCGAUGGGGACUCUCAGCAAAUGUCCCCAGGGGCACGCCAACGACAAGCUCCGAUACUAUCCGCAACGCCCAUACCAGCCAUAGAAGAAGACUGCAAUGAGGAUGAGGAUGACGGUCAGGUCGUUCUCGUGACGUCGAGCAAAUCUCUGGCAGUCAAGAGCAAUGCGACCCCGGGCUCGGCCUCUUCCACAUUAACAGAGGCCAUAAUUCUGAACACGCCGUUCGUGGCCCUGAAGCGACCACCUCUGAUGAGCUCUCCCCUCGAGCAAAUGAUACAGGAGACGCCUUGUCAACCUUCUCGGAAGAGAACCAUACCGUCAUCGCCAACCCGAGCCGGCUCUGAGCCUCCACUGCCAUCGAAACGGCACAAACGGUCAGCGCCCAUCUCAGAGUCGAGGUCGGUCAUCACGAGAAGCUCCUCUGACGUGGGUCCUAUUCACAGCGAUCUAUUCCGCCCCAAACGUCCUCCUAAUGAGAGGCACUUGAGCUACCUCGCACGUCUCGAGAUCCAUCCCGUCGGCCCUCCAGUCGGCACCAGCGAGCUGACGCCAGACGAUCUCCUGACGCCCAAGCUGAAAGAGCUGGCCCACCAACUAAAGAUAGCGAAGCGCUUUGCCCCAAUCGAACAAAAAAGGGAACUACGUCCCUUUGAGCGAGGUCACUGGCAUCUCGACUGGACCAGCUGGCGGCCAACUCUUCGCGAGCGCGCUUGGCACUUUCUCACGGAUUACAUCCUCGAGGGCUUCGCGGGAUGGGGCGUCUGGUGCAAGCGCGCGGAGGACUGGUCCUGGAUACGCGUGUAUUGCUGGGGACACGUCGUGGGCCACGUCUAUCUCGCCCUGUACCUGGCGAGCGAGCGGGCGCUGAAAAAGGAUGCGGCGAGGUGGCUGGACGGGGCGGGUGAGGUCAUUGUAAUCACCAAUGGCCAUGAGAACUCCGAGUCUGGGGAGAGCGUGGAGGGCGGUUCUGAUGAUGGGAUGUGA